AAAUAAUUAAAAAAAAAUACAAGAAGAUAUGGAUAAAAAUCUAAAUCCUUAAUAUCUCGUAAGGUAAAGACGCCCACGUGGAAGCCCAGCAGCACACUGGAAGAAGAAGUGGGCGCACCAGGUGAAGGAAAAGAAAAAACCAGAUCAGUGAGAAGAGAUGAUACUGGUGGCUAUAAUGGCGGAGCUGAUGGAGGAGUACACAGUGUUGCUGGCGAGGGUGCUAGAGCAUGUGUUUCAUUCUGUGCCUUUCCCAAGAAGGGUUCGUUUUCUCAUCCUCCGCAGCCUUCCUUUUGCUUCCACACCAACUGGCCCUCUCACUCUAACCCCUUAGUCCUUAGCCCUCCCUUUGUUUUUUGUUUUUUUUUUUUUCCCCUAUGAAUAUAAGAAGCAAACAGUGCCUGUGGAUUAUAUGUUUUAAUCUCAGCUUCUUACUUUAUUCAUUCAUGUACAGCUUUCUGAAGUCUCUAAUUUUUUUUUUCUUUUCUGGAUUUUAAGUUGAUGCGGUGGUCCUAAAUUUCUGUAAAUAUUACUGUGAGUCUUCUUCUUUCUAAUUUAAUUAGCAUCUUGUAUAAAGUGCAUCUUGUGAGUUAUACCCUUCA